AUGAGCCAAUCGCCUGAUGAGGGCCGUGCGGCCAGGAUACAGAGAUAUAAAGAAGAGAGACGAAAGCAGUUGAUGGCUAGAACAGCGACGCUAUUUUCUGCUAAUGUUACCGAUAGGCGGGUUAAGAAAGCAGCUAAUCGAACGCCAUCAGAAGACCCUGCCAAUCAUGUCAAGUCUUCUUCUGAAUUAAAUCUUAAUACUGCUUCAACGUCUGUUCCUAUUAGAACAACGAGAACGUCUAGAUUAAGAGCUGCUGCGUCAAAUCAUGCUGAAUCUACUACGCCUCCUAAAAAAACCAGCAAUAGAAGCUCUUCAGUGCACUCAUUAUUAGAAGACGACAAAACCAAGAUUCCUAAAAAUUCUAAAUUAAUUGAUAGAGAUAAAGUUCGUACUCAUAUAAGAAAGCAGAGCAAUGAAAAGGAGAAUUUAAAAAGCAUUUCGACAACAUGCAUUUCAAACAAAGAAAUUGGUGCUAUUAGAACGAAACUUAAACAUUCCAGUAAUAAAAAUAUUUUAGCGAAAGACAAAAGUAAUUUUAUAGUCACUAGUCCUAAAGAAAAUAUUGACGAAAAGAACAUUUCAAAUAUUGACGAAGAAAAGAAAUGUUUGACUGAUGAUACAAAACUAGUUAUUAUAAAAGACGAAGAAAAAAAUGACAACGUGGACGAAAUUUUCAAUAACAUACUAGGUGAUAAAAGUCUCUCAAACAGUAUGGAGAAAGAAACUUUUGAGAACUUAUUUAACGAUAUUGUAGUUGGGAACAACAUUAAAGAUAAUAAUAUUGAAAUAAGGAUCAAUAAUGAAGUUUUAGAUGAAAAUAUAUCGCAACAACAAAGAGAGCUCAAAAAUAAUCAAAGAAACUCUUACAUUCCCGUUAUAAAAGACGCCAAGGCUAGCAAUAAAAAUGAUAAUAGUAACGUGAAACUAGAAGCUAGAUAUGUUGUGCCAAAAAUGAAGGGUGCGGAAGUCGGUGGUUUGUUGGGGGCAGUGUGUGUGCGCAAAGUUGAAAGGUUCAGUGAAUUGCUCAGUAAUUUAUGUUCUCCUUGCGAAGCGGAUCUCUUGUUUGAAGAUAUCUUGGUUGAAAAUGGCAUCAACGGCGAUUGUACUCCGCGAACGAAGGGUCCGGAAUGCACGCCGCCCUGUCGCCGAGCCCAGCCCACUCCGCGUGCGCCGAUGACGCCGAAACGCUCUGGUGCGUUGGCGCCAGCCGCCAGCGACGCAGACGCUGAGCACGGCGAGUUCUCAUACCACUCCAAUGUAAACGUGCGUGGCUCUAGUGCCAUUCUCGCGCCGUCGAGUGCGAGCUCGGAGCGGCGCGGCGCUCGCGUUUCAGCGCGGUCAUCAAAGGGCGCCGCCGCCUUUUCAUGCCCGUUUCAGAGAGAU